GAUAUUUCGCUUCCCAUCGCUUCCGCAGGCUGUUGAAUUUUUUUAUACUUUUGUUUAUAUCUCAGUUUAUUUUAUCAAAUAUUUCUUUCAAUAGAUUGAAAUACCUUUACCUAACCAAGCCACAUGUGUCAGUAUCAUCUUUUAUUGCUUAUCAAUCAAUUGUGGUAGCUGGAAACUGGAAAGCCUCAUGGUUGUCUAAUGCAAGAUCAAUGAGAUUGUCUUAUCAAUAUCAUUAUGUAGAUUCUAGCAUGAAUUGUGAUGUGGUAGGUACCUAGUUAUGUAUUGUUCAUUAGUCAUUACUUUGACUUACCUCUAUGUUAAUUGUUAAUGCAAACUUUUCUGUUGGUAUGUGAACUGUGAACAAUCUUCAUGUCACUCAAUUCUCUCAAGUUGUGACCGUCAUGAGCCUCCUUUAUUUUGUAUUCUGUAUAAUGUAACUGGAUGCCUUUACUAAUAUGGUCUUUGUAUAAGAUUGUUUGUUUUUAACCAUACUUUGGUAUUCAUAACUUCUUAUGAAAGAAAGUUGUUAACAUUUUGAGCACCUAUGUAUGAGCUAUGAUCCCAAUGGAUCUCACGACAAAAUUGGGGAGCCAGAUCUAUGAUCCGAGUGGAUCUAGCGACAAAAUUGAAGGGUCAGAUCUAUGAUCCCAGUAGAUCUCUCGACAAAAUUGAGGGGUUGGAUCUAUGAUCUGAAUGGAUCUCGGAUCGGGAUCCAUGGGAUCGGAUCUCAGAUCCAUUUUUCCGGAUCCAAGCACAUGUCUGAUCUCAGCCUUGAGUGACGUCAUAUACCUACGAUGCCAAUGAUAUCAUAUAAGUCAUUUGGGUUUUUGACCUAUAACUCGCGUACAAAUUGCGGUAGAGAGUUGAGAAAGACACCAAUGAACUCGGAAUGAUAUGCCGAAUCGAAUGAUAUGUUACUCGAUCUUCUUAGCAUCAUUGCAUGACUUGGACCCAAUUUGACCUGACCUUGGCCUGAGGUCAGCACCUAACUUUACGCCGUUCACCAAAAAGUAUGUCAUUCAGCGCAUCGAGUGACAAACACAAUUACACCAUAUUCGGUGCUAUGUGACCGUUUUUGUCAAAGUUAUUGAUCGAAAUCAAAAUAUUUAUUUGGAUCUUUGACCUAAGUUUACAGGUCGUCAGUUGACUUGAGACCUUAAAAUGAGCCACCAUUCGCUGCCUUUAGUAACUUCCAACACGUUCAUUUUUAUGGCUAUGCUUUAAUGCCAUUAGGAGCAAAACGGUGAGGGAUGAUCUCCCCCUUCCUGACUUGUAAUACCCCAACCCCCCUUGGCUAGUGCUUAAGUAGAAAAUGGGGAACAUAAAUUUAGGGAUUUCAUUGAUAUAUGGCUAAUCAGAUUGGUCCCUACACCCUUACUAUAAACUUUUGUUAGCGCUUCGUACGCUUUUCUGCGAAAUUUUGUUACAGGGUUUUUGACUGGGACCAUUGACGCUUUCCCCCCUCCAGUGCAAGUUGCAGGAGACGAAAUUGUCUAACUGCAGGGUUAAAAUAAAUGCCUUUUUCAUUUUGCACCAGUCUGCAUGCAUAUAGACGGUACACACCUGCUCAUGCGUACAUAACUUAACAGCGAUAAGUUGCCUCCCGUCCGCCUCGCCGGCCCGGCCCGUCUGGUCACCACCUGUCACACAAAAGUGCUCACCCCCAACACCGGCGCACCCAGGCGCAGCUGAACUUUUCAGAGCAUGUCAACAACUUGUCAGACAACAGCGUGGUGUUGGUCUCCCACCGUACACUAGCGUACAAUUUUUGUUACUCUCAUGCAUCAAACGCAAUAUUAUUCCCGGCUGAAUGAAUUGUCGAUUGGCGUCCCCGCCAUGUUUGGUUUGAGUCAUCAAUUUAGAUCCAGUCUCGGGAGUUCGAGGACCGAUUUGGAGAAGAGGCCAAUUGAAGUCGAUUUUAUACACCAUCAAAUCCCCAAUAUUAGAACUGAGUGUUUAACAGUUCACGGUCCCGAGAUCCUCGGCUGUCAUGACGACGUCACUAGGCCUGACCUCGCUGCACGAACCGGUCCCUGCACAGUGCACACUGCGCAGAGCAGCGAGAAGCAGCGGCCUGCCGUUUUUUAUUCUUGUCAGGCUUGACUAUUAUGCGUCGGCGCAGCCUGUACUGUCAGAGGGGCCGGUACCGAGUUCCCGUUUUAGAAACAGCGCACGUCCUUGAACCCACAGUUGGGUAUUCGAGAUGCCGACAUUCCAGCGAAUAUCGUUCACAAAUGGCAGCCACGGUAGCGUUCGGCACACAUGAUCACGGUUGGAGUUUUUUUAGGCUUAUUUAAAUUCAUUUUACAAAAAAAAAAACACUCCCCAAAUGUACGUAAAUACGCCUUCCUCUCAUCGUCAUGAGCACCGAGCAGCGCGCCUAAUUUCCCGAGAACCUGCAGCUCUUUUGUCAGAGGUGCUGGGUGCCCCGGGUUCGACGGAUCCCCGAACAGGUUCGGGCACUUCCGUCACCGAGGGGCGCCGAACCAGUACGGCUGUGGUGUAGGUCACGGGCGCCAGUCAUGUGGCUCCCGCUCGUCGCGCUCCUGUUCCUGCUCCUGCUGCUCCUGGUGUGGAUCAGGAGGCCGUACCGACCCGACCGAUUUCCACCAGGCCCGCCAACAUUCCUGAUUUUCGGCAACAUCGAGUUCAUCAAUGAGACCCGGAAGGGCAUCUUCAGACCGCUGAUCGCCAAAUGUCGGAAGGAAUUCGGCGACAUCAUCGGCAUCAUCAUGCCGACCGGACAGCGGGCGGUGCACCUGCUCGACUUCGACCUCAUCAAGGAGGCGACCGCGAUGCCGGAGUUCUCCGGCAGACCUUCCCUGUUCACCUCACUAGUGCGCAGCUUUCAGCAAAAGCUGGGCAUCAUCUUCAACGAAGGACCUACCUGGAAGGAGCACCGCCGGUUCUCGCUGAGACAUCUGCGAGAUCUCGGCUUUGGUAAACAGUCGAUGGAGGGUGUGGUGCUGGAUGAAUUCGAAAGUCUCGCCCAAGAGAUGGAACAAAAUAUCGACUCGCCGUUGACAAUCCACAACGACUUCUUCAACAUCACGGUCCUCAACGUCGUCUGGCAGAUGGUGGCCAGCAUGAGGGUAGAUCGAAACAGCUCCGAGGCGAAGCAGAUGCUACACAGCGUGAGCGAGUUCUUCCGGGUGGUGGGCCCGCGCAGCCCGAUGAACAUCGCGCCGUGGCUGCGGCACUUCUUCCCCGAGUGGAGCGGGUACGCGCCGCUGAUCCGCCAUCGCGAGACCACCAUCGGCAUCUUCGACAAGAUCAUCGCCGAGCACCGGCAGACCCUGGACCGCUCCAGUCCGCGCGACUUUAUCGACCAAUUCCUCAUCGAGAUGGAGUCGGAGGACGCGGAGGCGCGUCAGUUCACCGAACGAAACCUGGUCAUCGUCAGCAUGGACUUCUUCGUGGCCGGGAUGGAGACGUCGGCGACGAUGCUGCACUGGUCCGUCCUGCUGAUGGUGAUGUACCCGGACGUGCAGACUCGCGUGCAGCAGGAGCUGGACGCUGUGCUGGGCGGCGGGCUGCCCUCCUACAGCGACCGGUCGCGCCUGCCGUACACGGAGGCCACCCUGAUGGAGGUCAGUCGGCGGUGCACCAUCACACCGCAGGGCAUACCACACAGCACCACCUGCGACACCACGCUGGCCGGAUACACCAUCCCCAAGGACACCUUCGUCUACAUGCACCUGCAGGAGAUCCACAUGGACCCCGAGUACUGGGGAGACCCGGAGGCCUUCCGACCGGAGAGGUUCCUCACCGCCGACGGCGCAGUGCGACACGACGAGCGUCUGAUUCCGUUCGGCGUCGGCAGGAGGUUCUGCCUCGGCGAGACGCUGGCGCGAAUGGAGACGUUCAUUUUGUUCGCGGGUCUGAUGCAGCGAUUCCGGUUCUCCGCAGUCCCCGGGCAGAAUCUGUCGCUCGACACCAAGUUCGGAGUGGUUCAGACACCGAUGAAGUACAGUGUGACCUACAGCAAGCGGGAUGGCUCACAGCCGACACAAUAAACUGGAAAACGUCACGACCAAAGGCACAUCGUGACCCGCCAGCGUCGCGUCGCGAUGGACGCUCGUGAUUUCCACAGUUUGGCAUAGCAGACUAUGGCGUAAUGUCGAAAUCGCCUGCAUUAUUACUGAAAUGUGUGCACUGCCGCCUAAAUUAGGCAUAAAAAGGUGUAUGCAUUAGCCGAGUCUGAAUAACAAAGCAUGUGCUUACUCACUCCACUAAUGAGGUACUUAGUACUUACUACUUACUAACCAAAUAUAGUUUGAAUACAAAAAGACCAGUGAGAUUGU